AUGAAAUUUUGUGGCUUAUUAGCGCUGUUGGUUGUUGGCAUCAAUGCUCAAACUCCAACAAAUUAUCUCCAUCCAACCGGUGCAUCAUGGGACUUUGUCGUUGUCGGAGCAGGAGCUGCUGGAAGCAUCAUCGCUUCUCGUUUAUCCGAGGUAACAUCGCAAAAAGUUCUCUUAAUCGAAGCUGGCGUCAGCACCAAAAAAGCCCUAUCCGACAUCCCAUUGGCUUCUGUGAUGCUCCAAGACGACAAUACCUACUUGUUCCCAUACACAAAUGAAGUUGAGCCAAAUACCUGUCUCGCUAUGCAAGACCAAAAAUGUGCAUAUCCCCGCGGAAAAGGUCUCGGCGGCUCGACACAAAUUAACGCCAUGAUGCACGUGCGCGGUUUGAAGGCUGAUUUCGAUAAAUAUGUUGCUGAUGGCUUGACUGACUGGACCUAUACCUCAAUUUUGGACAAUUUCAAGAAACACGAGCAAUACAGUUCUGCCGGAGGAAGCGGCGGAGUGAUUACUGGAUCAGCUCAUGGUACUUCGGGUCCCAUGAUGACUGAAUUUCCACGUUUCCGCACGGAGCUGGGAACAGCUUUUCUUGCUGGAGCCCAAUCCCUUGGCAUGACACAUGUAGAUUACAAUGCCUUGAACGUCAAUUUGGGACAUGCCAUUUCGCAUUUGCAGGCAACCACGGACAGAGGAAAGCGCGAAAAUGCCGGAAUUGAAUAUAUUACCGAAAGAGCGGCUUCUCGUUCGAACUUUAAUAUCACUUAUGAGUCGCAUGUCACGAAAAUUGUCACAAAUGUCGCCACAAUGAGAGCUACGGAGGUUCUUUUCCAAAAAGGAGGCAUUUUGUAUCGUGCCCCAGCGGUGAAAGAAGUCAUCGUCUGUGCCGGCGUCAUAAAUUCCCCCCAAAUUUUGAUGUUGAGCGGUAUUGGACCUGCUGCGACACUCGCCACACACUCAAUUCCCCUCGUUGCUGACUUGCCUGUCGGUCAAUACAUGAGCGAUCACGUUAGUAUUCUCGCCCCAACUUAUACCACGAACACCACGGGCAAAGAUAUCGACUUUAUCGGGUCCGUUCUCAACACUUUGGGUUGGCUUAUCUCCGGAGGCACUGCAAAUUCCAUGCCCAAUGGCAUCGAACUCGUUGGAUUUGGUCGUGUACAUAACUCGGAGCAACCCACGGGCGUUCCCGAUUACGAAAUGAUGUUCACUGCCGCUUCAUAUGCCACGGAUGGCGGUCUUUAUCAACGAAAAAAUCACCGAAUCUCCGAUCCUUACUUCUCGGAAAUCUUUGGUCUCUUGAAUUCCAUGACGAAUGACACGAUGUCGACCGCUUGCAUGGUUCUGCAUCCCGAAUCCGUUGGAUACAUGACAAUUCGUGACAACAAUCCCUUCAGUGCACCCAAAAUCCAUCCAAAUAUGUUGUCACAUCCGAAUGACGCGGAAAUUCUUUUGGGUUGCAUUCGACAUGCUCAAAGUAUUUUCAACUCGAAUGCCAUGAAAAAGUUCGCGCCGCAAUUGUAUCAUCUCAAUAUUGCCGAAUGCAAUGCUGAGGUGCCCGAUUCUGAUGAGUACUGGAAAUGCGCGUUCAAAUAUUUGGCUACGUCGAUGUAUCACAUGGUUGGCACGUGUCGCAUGGGACCAGCAACGGGCGAUCCAACGACAGUAGUUACGCAAGAUCUCAAGGUCAAGGGAUUCUCGAAUUUGCGAGUUGCCGAUGGAUCUGUUAUUAGAUAUUCGAUUUCGGGACAUACCGCAGCAGCAACGAUGAUGAUUGCGGAGAAAGCUGCCACGAAGAUUAGAGCUGAUCAUGGACUGUAA